CGCGCCUCCCUUGGCCCGGGAGGGGGACUCGGGCUAUAUCUCGGGACCUAUAGUCUUCGCACCCCCCCCCCCGCGCACCUUUGUCCUCAUGGGGAGCGAACUACAGUUCCCGCAGAGCCGAGGGGUCCGGCCGCUCUAAGGUCUCCGCCGCCCCUCCCCCGCCCGGCUUUGGCAGGGGCUUCUCCCAAGAUGGCGGCUCCCUCUCCUCCUGCUGCUGCUCCCCGGGGCGCCGGGGUCGGGGCCACCUCCCCGGGGGGCUCCCUGGGCUACUGCUUGGCCCAGCUGCAGAAGGGCGCCGAGCCGGGCCUCGGCCGGGCCCUGCUGGCCCUCAGGACGCAGCACAUCAAGGAGGCCGGGGGCAUCGCCCGCUUCCGGAGCCGAGGGGGCCUGGGGCCUCUCCUGGGGGUCCUGGCCGGCGCCCCUCGGCCGCGACGCACCCUGGACCUCGCCCUCAGCAUCCUAGGCAAUUGCUGCACCGAGGGCGCCAGCCGCACCCAGGUGCGCGAGCUGGGCGGGAUCCCGCCCCUCGUUACUAUCCUGAGAUCGCUUGCUGCAGAAAGCAUCCAGAAUCGGACGGCACGAGCCCUCGGCAACUUGGCUGUAGACACAGAAAACUGCCAGGCCAUUCACGAAGCAGGAGCAGUGCCCCCGCUGGUGCAGGUCCUCACAACCUCCCAGGACAGAGAGUGCUUGCAGAGUGUGAUCAGGGCAGUGCGCUACCUAGCUGACACGCCUGCGCAUCGCCUUGUGCUGGUCCAGCAGGGGGUGGUGCGCUCCAUUGCCGAGCGCUUGGCUUCCUCCUUGGAUGACGCCGCCCUUGUUGCAGCUGCCGUGCGCGCCCUCCUGGAGCUGACGAAGGGCUGCAGCCGCGACUGCGCGCAGCAGCUCAGCUUGGCGGGCGGCGUGGCAACCCUCGUGUCCUUGACUAGCCACGAGAAGCGGGCGGUGCGGGAGACUGCUCUGGUGGCCCUGUCCAACCUCUGUCUGCAGGGCAUGCUGAGGCCAGCUGUGGGCAAUGCUGGCGGAGUGGAGGUGCUGGUGGGGGAGAUCCGGCAACGCCAGAAGGCCGGGGCACCUGGCAUGGCCCUCCAUCCUCUGGUGAAAGCUUUGUGUCUGCUGUGCCGAGAGGCAAUCAAUAGAAGCCGGGUCCGAGAAGCCGGGGGGCUGGAGCUGCUGCUGUCCCUGCUGCGGGACCAGGGCCACAGCUCCUCCCACGAUCGCGUGGUGGUGGCCUUUGUGGCCUUUUUCUAUGAUGAGGAGGCCCUGGAGGUGCUGCAGGCUGGAGGGCUUGUGCCUUUGCUGGUUGGGAGGCUGGCAGCACUGGGCCAAUGGAGAGGCCGGAAGGAAGAAGAGGAAGAGGAGGACGACGACCUGGUAGAUGAGAGGGAUGCCGCUUCUUUUGACCUACCUGCAGAGGGGCGUCGUGGGGAGCAGGCCACGCCUGGAGCAGAGUCUUCCAGCUUUCAGAGCCUCAGAUCCUGGCUUCUUUCUGAAGGCUACAUUGCCAGCCCAGGAGACCUUUCUCCACAGUGGUCCCCCGACACCACCCUUUCUGAAUUGGAUGUCCAAGGGUGUGUCAGCCCUAACCAAGAGCUGCAAGAUGAACUCCAUGGACCCUGCCAUGCCGUACCUGGAGUAAAAACCCAGUCCCGGGCCGAGUCCCCCGAUUUCUUAAAUUCUCCAUUACUGGAUUUGCCCCUUGCAUGUCAGCCAAGUUCUACCGAGACCUUAAACCCAGCAGAGGGAGAUGGAGCAUAUCCACAGCAGAGCCUGUGCCCAGUGGCAUCGCCUGUGUUCGACAAACCUGGAAGUCUCUGUUUGGAGGUGCCAGAUUCAGAGGAGAUCAAGGAGCUGGAAAUGGUUGAGACGAGUAAGCAGCAGAAGAGGCUGCUGAUGAAAUCAGAAGAGGAAGAUCUAGCCAGUCCAAAGAAAGGACUCCCUGGACAGGACGUGUUGAAGCUGCCCUGUUCAUUGUCUUCAGGGGCAGCCCCAAAUUCAGUGCUGACGAAUCCAUUGAAACCAGGUGAAGAUAUGGAACAGUCGACCUGGGCUGCUUUGACAACGGACCAAAAUGAACCUGGGACCAGUAACUCGCACUUGGCUGCAAUGGCGUUGAUUCCGAGCAAGAGUGACCAAAGCCCACUGUCCCCCAGGCCCAUUGCCAAAUCGCCAGCCAGCGAGGAGGCCAGCUCCCCAAAGCUGAGCAUUCAGAGCCUCUCAAGUUCUCCUGAUGAGCACAGGACACCUACGUCCUGCUGGAAACGCCGUGCCAAGUUCCGGUCAACAUCUGAGCAGGUGCCACCUCCUCAAGCAUCACGUCCUGCUGGCGAGACUCCGUCCCCACUGCUCUCCCUAGCCCUGCCGCUCUCCCUCUCUCCACACGGGGGCGACAGAGAGCUCCAUGCCCCCGAGGCCCCCGUCCUGCUGCUCCUUUCCCGCUUUUCCCAGGCUGAGGAUCCCAGCCGUAGCUUGGUGACACCGGCCACCUUGCAAGGGCUGCUGCACUACGUCACAAGAAGCCCCGUCCCCUCCUCUCGCUGCCUCCGGCUGCUGCAUCGCCUCACCUGCAACCCCACUUGCCUGGAGGCCUUUGUGCGUUCCUACGGCGCUUCGCUCAUCCAUGCCUGGCUGAUCCUUGGCGUGUCGCCUGAGCAGGUGGCGGCGGCUGUUACUGCCGAGGAAGAGGGGGAAGAGGCGGAGCCAAGAAGCCUGGAUCCCGGGGAGCACGACGCCAGGAGGUUCAAGGAACUUGGAGAGACGCUGCUGAUGAACCUUUGUGUGCAAGCGGAGUCCCCUUAUGGAGUGGGUGUUCUCACCCACAUGCUGCUGUCGGGCUCCGAAUCCGAUCAGGUGGCCUGUGCACUCGCCCUUCCGCUUAUCUGCAGGAAGGAUUCCCUUUGCCGGAAACUUCUGCUGGACCACUCUGGCCUGCGUCUCCUGUUAGGUGCCCUGGUGCGGGACCCCGAUCCCUGCCUUGUUUUCUACGCCUUGGAUUCCCUCUCCCUCCUCCUGGGCUCCCAAGCCACAAGUCUUCCCUCGCCGUCCCCCCCUGCCUCCAAGAGGCCGCGCCUGGACUCCCCGCCCCCUUGCUCUUAUUGCCGCUUCAUGGACGAAGGCAAGGCCGACUUGUAUUUCCAGCUGGACUCUGGCACCCGGGUGCCCGUCGUGCGCCAGGUCAUCAGCGACGCCUCCGAGGUCUUCUGUGCCAUGCUGAGCACAGGGUUUGCAGAGUCGUGCCACACCACCGUGAGGCUGGGCGGUGUGUCUCCCGAGCCCUUCCUGGCUCUCGCGCACUUCCUCCAUGGCUGCCGUGGCAAACCCUGCCCGGUGCUGGGGGUUUCGGUCCCCUUCGCUUUAGCCGAAGAAAUCCUCACGGUUGCUGAGCAGUAUCUCCUCCCCGAGCUCCAGUCCCUGGUUGAUGACGCCAUGUGCCGGGACUUCCUGCACCCCGAGACUCUAGGCCAGGUGUACUGCUUGGCUGAACGGCAGAACCGGCCCCGCUUGCUUCGGAAAUGUGCUGCUUACACUCUCCAGGACGUGGCAAGGCCCACCUGCCAAGCCGCGGUGUUGGCCAAGCUUCUCCAAUCCGUUGGGAAUCCUAACAGGUUGGCUGAGGAGCUGCUCAGGGUGGUGAUGGAGUCCCCGUGGGGCUCUGGUGCUGAGGUCCAGCUGGGCUGAAGGAUUUACAGCUCUGUCUCCUCCUGCCCUGUUCCACCCCCCCCUUCUCUCUCUCUCUCACGCACACAUGCACACACAUAACCGCAAUAUUGGCUUUAUAGUGGAAACCCAAGUAUGAUGACAGAAGGAGUGCUAGGAGAAUAAAUAGGGUGAGACUCAAAAGAAUGGCCUCACAGCGGUCAAAGGGUCAACUUCUGGAGUGGGGAAGCAUGUGGGGCAGUGAUGUGGCAGUGAGCGCCCCACUUGAUAAAGCAAUUGUGUGCGUAAGGUUGGUGGAGGUGACUGCAUGAGGGUGGAAAAGAAUGGAGGGAGGGAGGAAGAGGGCCGGGGAAACGCUGCCACCCAAAAGGCAUGGGGGAGGAUUUAAAUCAGAUGUGGGGAAACUUUGGCCCUCCAGAUGUUGCUGAACUACAACUCCCAUCAUCCUUGGCUGCUGACCACUCUUGCUGAGGGAUGGUGGGCAUUGUAGUUUAGUGACAGAAGUGCCAGAGGUUCUCCACACCUGAUUAAGAUGAAAGGUGGAGGAACCAGGUGUCAGAUUCCGCUUGGACGCAACAAUAGCCCCUUUUGAGGAGGGUUUCUGUCAAGAGCACUUAAAAAACAAAGAACGGCCAGCCUCAAUGUGAUCUUGGGCACGGCAGUAUGUUCAAAGUGGGCAGGAUCCCUUUCUGAUAGCAUAUCAGGAAGGGACCCCAGAUUGAAAAAUACAACAUUUCUGAGAGUGCCAUUCUGAUGGCAGCUGCUCCUGGAAUUGAUCCUAGUCUUGGGAGGAGAUGUUAAAAGGGCAUGAAUGUAUAACUGAAGAAAGGUGAGCCAUCUCACAGAGAUGGGGGGGGGGCACAAAAAGAAUUGAUGCCACCAAGUAGUGGCAGGAAUUUGCAGGAUAUCAAGGAGCUUCUCUCCAGGACACGUGGAAGCACUGAGAGGAGCCUGGCCCAUUUGUAUAGAUGGAACUAUAUUGCAUAUAAGCUAUUGUACAUAGAGAAAUACAGACAUCAAAGAGGUA